AUGCCCACCUUGAACUCAGAACCUUCCCCCAAUAACACCUUCACCAAUCGAUCCGAUAUGUAUGACGAUCUGCCAUACGAAGACGCCCACUAUGGCUUGCCAUCAGAUGGCUACCAGACCUCCAGGAAGGAUCACGCAACGACGCCUCCACGAGCGCCGGCGAGCGAUAGGAUACAUUCGACACGAUCAGAUAAAUACCAUACAGAUGAGCGGACUGCGCGCCAUCGAGAGCGCUCACGAUCUAGGUCGCCCCGGAGAGAUGGACGUGGACGAUACACCGAUCGUGACCGAGAGGGAUAUCGCUCCCCGCGGGGCCAUAGUCGCAGUCGCAGCCGCUCGCCAUAUUUUGGAGGACCACCGAAUCGAAAUGUGAUACUGGAAGGCCUUCCAAUAGAUAUGACACAGGAAGACGUUGGCCGCCCCAUUUCUAUCCUUGCGGAUCUUCACACCACCAUCCAAUCCCAUUUCAUCAUAAGUGUUCAUCGAGCAGAAAGUGGAAUUCUGGCUAAGCAUAGGACUGGCCGCUCUUGGCCGCUCUUUGGGUUAUAG